GAGGCUCGGGUGAAAACUCCGAGUCCCACAAUGCACCGGCGCAUUCUUCGUCGUCAAACAAAAACGCGGAAACAAAAGAAAGAACCAGUUUGUCAAAACAAAUAAGCUCGAGUCGCCUCGAAGUGAGCGCAGUAGAAGCUGACAGCUGUCAAAGUGAGCACCGUAGCUGCUGCCCGACCGUCCCAGCGACCCGCCAUGGCCCUGAAGAGAAUACAGAAGGAGUUGAAUGACUUACAGAGAGAUCCCCCAGCUUCAUGUUCAGCUGGCCCUGUAGGAGAGGACAUGUUUCACUGGCAAGCUACCAUCACAGGACCGAAUGACAGUCCAUAUCAUGGAGGAGUGUUCUUCCUUACUGUCCAUUUCCCCACUGACUAUCCCUUUAAACCACCAAAGAUUUCCUUUACAACGAAAAUCUAUCACCCAAACAUAAACAGCAAUGGUAGCAUCUGCCUUGACAUCUUGAGGUCACAGUGGUCACCUGCACUUACAGUGUCAAAAGUUUUACUAUCCAUAUGCUCUUUGCUAUGUGACCCAAAUCCAGAUGAUCCAUUAGUCCCAGACAUUGCACACACCUACAAAGCGGACAGAGAAAGGUACAACAAACUAGCCAGGGAAUGGACCUACAAGUAUGCAAUGUGAAGGAACAUAGUCUCUGCAACAACGACGCAUCCCUGAACACCUCGAAAUAUGACAGUACUGUUCGAAAUGCUCAUCCACACUGGUUCUAGCUGAGGUGUUUUAUAAGCUUGAAGCACUUUCUCUACUCAGAUUUUACUUGACUCAACUGUUUUUACUGUUUAUUUUCCCCUUAAAUUGGCAUUAUUAUUAUUAGCGGUGGUGAGAUACCCGGAUUGUAUUUUUCUUUUAAAAUAUUUACUGUAUAUUGUACAAACCCGUACUGAAUUUAUUUUGCAUUGUUUUGCAUUAAAAGCAUUAAUCGAAAUUGGA